AUGAAGUUCGAAUUAUUACCGAACGAAAUUUUAUUUGAUCUAUUUAAUUAUUUGAAUGGUGUUGAUCUUCUUCAUGCAUUUUAUGGUCUCAAUUAUCAUUUCAAUUUUCUUCUCUAUAAACAAUAUCGAUCUUAUCGUUUCAUAUUUAAUUUGAUAUCAAAAUAUAAUUUUGAUAUAAUAUGUUCACAACAUCUACCAUUUAUUGUUGAUCGAAUUAUUGAUCUUAGUCUUUCUGAUGGUGAAAAUACUCCAGGACAAAUUAAUUUACUUCUAUCUUACAUACCAUCAUUUAGUCAAUUUACUCAAUUACGAUCACUUUCAAUAUUUCAUCUUCAUUCAUAUAAUAUAUUAAUGAAAAUCGUCAAUGAAUGUCAUCAUCUUAAUCAUCACAUUUUCAAUCAGUUGUCAACAUGA